AUGGAGAACAUUGAGUUUCUUUUGCUGGGACUGACCCAAGUUCAGGGGAUACAGCUUGUAAUCUUUAUCAUUUUCCUCAUUAUAUACAUGACAAACCUAUUUGGAGUUGGGGCCAUAUUAGUGAUCAUCAUCUCAGAGCCAAGACUCCACUCUCCUAUGUAUUUUUUCCUGAGAAAUUGUUCUUGUCUGGAUAUUUGCUAUUCUUCAGAGACAAUGCCCAAGCUAAUGUGGAACCUCCUCUCCACGCACAGGGUCAUAUCUUUCCUAGGCUGUAUCACUCAGCUACACUUCUUCCACUUUCUUGGUUGCACUGAAGGCGUCUUGCUAAUCAUCAUGGGAUUUGAUCGAUUUGUGGCCAUUUGCAACCCACUUGGCUACACUGUCAUCAUGAACCCCCAGCUGUGUGUCUCGUUGGCAGAUGUGCUGUGGCUCAUUAGCUUCUUCUAUGCUCUGAUGCAUUUUGUCAUGACUGUAUGCCUGGACUUUCGCCACUUUCAUAAAGUCAAUUACUUCUUCUGUGAUAUCAAGCCUCUCUUGGAACUGGCUUGUGGUGAUGUAAGUCUUAAUGAGUGGCUCAUUUUCAUUGUCACUUGCAGCUUAGCCAUGGUGGAUUUCUUCCUCACUCUCAUUUCCUAUUUCUAUAUAAGAGGCUUUCUUCUGUUGAGACAGUCCUGCAGUGUAUUCCACAAGGCUCUGUCCAAUAGUCCCUCCCAUUUUAUGGUGGUAGUUCUCUUUUAUAGAACUGUGGAGCUCACUUAUAUCCCUCUUCCCUGUGCUGCAUGUGUAAUACAGGAACAAUUUAUGGCUAUCGUACACAUGAUGGUCACUCCAGUGUUGAACCUACUGAUAUAUACCUUUAAAAAUAAGGAAGUGAUGUUUUCUCUGAGCAGAAUUUUUAGGAAGAAGCUGAAGCUGUUUGCCUGA